GUUUCCGUCACUGUCGUCCAAAUUCAAGAAUAUGCCAAAAAGUUCCACUUUUUUCUGUUCCGGGAAACUAACUGCCAUAUGAUGUGUUGCCAGUUGAAACCACACAAUUUUUCUCAGUGUUUAAUAAACAAACAGCAAAAUCCGACAUUUGAUCCCUCACUUCUUGCUCCCCUUGUUCUUACUCUCACAUAAAACCUUCAUUUCGGUUGAAAUUUCUGAAAUCAGAGCUCACACCACCAUGGCUUAUUCCGUUGCAAGCUCUGCCACUUGCAGAAACCACCUCGAUAUUUCAAGGGCGCUUUCAAAGGAUAUCUUCCCUUCUUCGCAUUUGUCCUCAAACUCCCUCAAAUUUACACCUUACCCUUCUUCAUCUUCUGCUCGAAUUACCCUUUUGGUCUCGUGCUCGCUCACCAAAGAGCCUUCGUCUGUUAUGGCAGAGAACGACAAUGGGUCGGUGGUAUUACAGCGACCCGAUUCGUUUGGCCGAUUUGGUAAAUUUGGCGGUAAGUACGUCCCUGAAACUCUAAUGCACGCGCUCAGCGAGCUUGAGGACGCGUUUCAUUGCCUUUCGGCUGAUGAAGAUUUUCAGAGAGAACUUGAUGGGAUUUUGAAAGACUAUGUGGGUAGGGAGAAUCCUCUUUAUUUUGCGGAGAGGUUGACAGAGCAUUACAAGCGUCCUAAUGGUGAAGGACCUCACAUUUAUUUGAAGAGGGAAGACCUUAAUCACACUGGUGCUCACAAAAUUAACAAUGCUGUUGCCCAAGCUUUGCUUGCCAAACGGUUGGGCAAAAAGCGCAUUAUUGCUGAAACUGGAGCUGGUCAGCAUGGAGUUGCCACUGCUACUGUAUGUGCUAGAUUUGGGUUAGAAUGUAUCAUAUACAUGGGCGCACAGGAUAUGGAAAGACAAGCGCUUAAUGUCUUCAGGAUGCGUCUUCUUGGUGCAGAGGUAAGGGCGGUCCAGUCUGGCACAGCAACUCUGAAGGAUGCUACGUCAGAAGCUAUAAGGGAUUGGGUGACAAAUGUGGAGACAACUCAUUAUAUUUUAGGUUCUGUUGCAGGCCCACAUCCGUAUCCUAUGAUGGUAAGAGAGUUCCAUUCUAUGAUUGGCAAGGAAACCAGAAAACAAGCUUUGGAAAAGUGGGGAGGGAAGCCAGAUGUGCUGGUUGCAUGUGUUGGUGGAGGUUCAAAUGCUAUGGGACUUUUCAAUGAGUUUAUUGAUGACAGAGAUGUUAGGCUGAUUGGUGUGGAAGCAGCAGGAUUUGGCCUUGACAGUGGCAAGCAUGCUGCAACAUUAAUGAAGGGAGAAGUUGGGAUUUUACAUGGGGCUAUGAGCUAUCUACUGCAGGAUGAUGAUGGGCAGAUAAUUGAGCCUCAUUCUAUAAGUGCAGGCUUGGAUUACCCUGGAGUUGGACCUGAACAUAGCUAUUUAAAAGAUUUAGGACGUGCAGAAUAUCAUAGUGUCACUGAUGAAGAAGCCUUGGAAGCUUUUCAGAGAGUUUCAAGACUUGAAGGCAUAAUCCCAGCAUUGGAGACAUCUCAUGCCUUGGCUUAUCUCGACAAGCUAUGCCCAACCCUUCCGGACGGAGCCAAGGUUGUGGUUAAUUUCAGCGGCCGAGGCGAUAAAGAUGUUCAAACUGCCAUCAAGUAUUUGACGGUUUGAAGAAGGGUCAUCUUCCUACCAGAGAGCUAGUUACUUAAUAUAAGGUAUUCAGUAUCAGCAUCUCCAAGAAACUGGUUCCUGUCUCUCUCUCUUCCCCCUCCCCCUCUCUCCCCAUAUAUGUGUACACACAUACACACACAAAAACUAAGAGAACAUAGCUUUUUUUUUUUUUUUGGUCCAAUCCUCUUUAAAACAUUUAAACAGGCUAUUUUGAUUGGCCACUUGGCUGUAUUAUAUGUUGUUCUUUAAAAUGACAUCUUUCUGCUCAAGUGUCUUAAAUAAUGUAAACACACUCAUUCAUUCUUUCUUUGUUUCAUUUGUUCUCUUUCUUGUUCCACUGAGAAAACUCAGGUCAUGUUCCCAUAUAGGUUACCACUUUUUAGAUAAGUAAGGUGUGGCCACUUCAUUAUGAAAUAGCCUUUUGUUUUUAUUUAUGUUGUAUUUUUUUUUCUCGGUUGAAUGAAAGCCAAAGCAAAACUAUUUCUGUUGGUGUGCACUUGAUUAGGUUUCCCUUAUCUUCCAUUCAUGCUAGAAGUUAUUUUUUUUUUCCAUUAGAAAACUAUUAAACUUGAGAUGAUAAAUUUGAGUUGAGGAAAUUAAAAGAAGGAAAGGCGAGAAAUUUUUGUUUAUUUAUUUUCUUUUAUUGUAAAUUAAGUAAAUAUUAUAUUUUUCUACCUAUCCUCUUCCUUUCGAGCACAUUUAAAAGCAAAAAUAAAUAGUGAAUUUAAGUAUAACUAAAAUAAAAAAUAUCUAUUAAACCUUUUGACCUUAUUUUCUUUGCACAUUGUUUUGUUAACAUAGGAGUAAGUACUAAAGUUACGAGAUCGCAUUCUAGACAUUGCAUAACUACUAUUUUCAUCAAAUGGUAAUAAAUCAAAUUACUCUUCUAACACCAAGAAUAUCAAGUCAGGAUUCCAAGGAGUAUGAAUGACAUUUAAAAAAAACAUAAACGACAACUUAUUUAUACAACUCUUAAAAAAUAUUUUAUUCCUAGCUCUUGACCCAAAAAAAAAAAAGCCUAGUUAUUUCAUAAAUUACACCUCUUUUGGUGUCAUUUGUCAAUUUUUUUUUUCUUUCUAAAAUUUGCUUUUAUCUUGAUCUGUGUGGUCCAUAAUCCAAGUAGAUGCAACGUUAUGUACUGAGACUUGAAAUGCUAAAAGGAUUCAUGCCAAAUAAUUUGGCUUUCGAAGGUAAUGACAGCUAUAAUGCAUACAAUUGAAACCUUCAAAAAGUAAGAUCCUUGUUAAAGUCUCUAUCUGAAGCAUACCCUUAAGACAGACCCAAACCACAAAUAAACAUACUAUGUUGGGUUAUUAACCCUUUGAUCACUGAAGGGUCACUUUUUCCAUGGACAUGUUCACAUGGGAAGCAUUCAAUAUUGCCUCAAAAGGUCAAAAUACACACAAUUUCUGGUCUGCUAUGAAAUGCAGAUAAUAAAAUAUCAAGUUGCAUCACAAAACAUUGAUGGUCAUAUCAUAAUAAUAUAAUCUCUGCAUCAGAACAAGAGCAUCAAACAGAAAAUAGUCCUCGGAUUAUUAUUAAACCUUUCUAAUAAAAUAAACAAAUGUUUCCAGAAUAUCAUCGGAGGAGGCUCAGACUGUGUGAAACAAGAACAUUUAUUUUUUCCAAAGUUUAAACUUCUGGGAAAUUUGAAACAGAAAACUUCCAAACCACUAGCUAACCUUUUAUAGAAUGAUACAAUUUCCUCAGCAGAAUUAUUGUUUAAUGUCAUUAUUUACAGGUUAUCACACAGCCAGAUCAUCCCCAUCAAAACAAAACCCAGCAGUCACAAAUCUCUUGUAAUCAGCUUCCUUGUCUUCCAGGCUGAGAUUAUCAGGGUACAAGGAUGUACCAGGGCUUUAUUUUCCAAGGUCCCAACAAAUAUUUACAACGGUGACAGACAAGUACUGCCUCGCCGACCCGUGAUGUAUGUAAUACAGCUAAAAGGCGAAACAGCUGGUUAUGAAGCAAUGAGACAUGUCAUAAUACAAAGGUAAUAUGAAAUGCUUGACUAAAAAAUACCUGUGAGUACAAGAAGGUUCCAAGGAUGGCAAUGGAAGCUCCAAAAAUAUUGAUGGGCUGAACUGGCGUGCGGAAGAUGAUGAUUGAAGAGACUAUGACUGAUAUGCGUUUCAUGGUGUUUCCAAUGCUAAAUGUCAAAGGAGAGAUCUGGUCUAGAGACAUGUAUGAGACCUGGUUGUACAGAUGAUAGAACACGCUUUGAGCAGCCAUCCACCUAUCGGGUUCAAUUAAUACAGCCAAACAUUUUAGUUGUCAAUGGGAAAGUGCAGAAGCUUUCAGAACCAAAUGAUAAGAACAAACAAAAGGCACAUAAUCCGAAAAGAGGGGGAAAACUCAGGUCUUUAUUUGUUAGAAAAUGCAACAAAACUCAUAAGCAGCAAGAAGAGAUAAUGUGGUUGAAAUAAAGUGUAAUUAACAAAAUAUUUUAUAUCGUAUUCAAAAUGAUAUUUUAGAAGUUUUAUUCUUUAA